CCAGGCAUUUAUGCGUUUGGAUGUAGAUAAAUACACAUGGCUAUAUGCUAAAAACCGGUUGUAUUAUUAAUUUAAAGAUUGGAUAACUUUUUUUCAAGGCUUGAUUAACAACAAGAAUGGUUUUUACUUCAAAACUAUUCUUCAGUCUCUGCAAAGGACCAGAUGAAUUUUGGCGCAAAAGAAAAGUCUUUCAAAUGGUCGCACAUUUAAAACGUCGUAGAAGAAAUUGUUACUCUUCAGCCAUAAAAGGUUUUCACCGGUCUUUGAAAUUUGCAACUAGAGGAAGAAAAUUGAAACGAACACAAUUAAAGGAGUUAUGGAAUCAAAGACUUGACGCAGCUUGCAGUCAACACAACAUUGAUCCUUUAGUUUUGAGGGAAGGUCUUACAAGAAGUGAUAUCUUACUUGAUCGAAAGACUCUAGUAACUUUAGCUAUUUGGGAACCACGAUCAUUUCAAUCUAUUGCAACAAUUGCAUGUGCUAGAGCUAAAGCAGAUGGGCUACGGCGCAUAAAAGAUUUGGCUUUUCCUACUGCCGUUCUUGCUCGAGGAUUGUAUAAAUAAAAACAUAAAAGCCAAUUUAUAGUUUUGUGCACCAAUAGAAUUUAUUAAUUUUAGUUAAGCAUAAUGUAUUGUUAAUUUUUCCAAUAUAUGAUUCAUUUCUUCAUAAAUAAA